CGAGUCCGAUAAUGAGCGCUGCUAUGCGGGUUGCGUGUGUGCUCCUCCUCGGCCUCCUGUGGGCCUCCGUCUCCCUGUCCUCCUCUUGCCGGUUCCGGAUCCCGCCUCACGACCAGGUGGCCCGGGUCGCGCGCUUCAUCGCCCAUCAGUGCGACUGGGCCUCCAUGGCCACCAUCUCCACCCACAAGCCGGUUGUGGGGCAGCCGUUUUCCAACGCCUUUUCUGUCAGCGACGGGCCGCAUGGCUCCAGCUCCGGGGUGCCUUACAUGUACCUGACCCGCAUGGAGAUCUCUGUGCAGGACCUGGAGGUGAACCCUGUGGCGUCUCUGUCCAUGUCUCUGGCUCAGACUGAUUACUGCAGACAGCAGGGCUUCGACCCUCAGAGUCCCCUCUGCGCCCACAUCAUCCUGUCUGGAUCUGUCCUCGAGGUGAAUGGGACAGAGGCGGAGUUUGCGAAGAAAGCCUUGUUCAGUCGACACCCAGAGAUGAUCGACUGGCCGUCUGAUCACAACUGGUUCUUCGCCAAGUUCAACAUCACACAGGUGUGGGUGUUGGAUUAUUUUGGAGGGGUGAAGACUGUCACUCCAGAGGAGUACUUCCAGGCCUCACCGUACAGGAAGCACCACUGACGGAAUUCAAACCUGUGACCUGGGAGAUCUGCUGUAGGUUGUCGGUUUGAAUCCCGCUUUCUUUCUACAAGACGACAUCCUCAUGUCGACUAACAGCUCUACAUGAACUGCACUGAAUGUGUACAUUCAAUUUUACAAUUUUCUUUGAUAAAUCAAAUUACACAACAGUUCAUCAGAUUUUCAGUUGCAGGCAUUUUCAUCACAUUUCCUUUUAUUCUCUACGUCCUCAGAAUUAUAUUUCAUAUAUUUCAGUUUGUUCUGGAUUUUCAUGUGUGAUUCUAUGUGUGAGAAACUGUUUGCUGUGUAGUUCUGCCUUAAAUAUGAUGCCAGUUGCAGUAUUGGAGUUUGACCACAGGAGGGAGCUGUCACACUGAUAAUACCACUAAGAAAAACAGAAGUGAAUCAAACCUCAGGAACAUUCAAAACCUAAUUAUAUAUUUUGAUCAUUUGAAGAGUAAUUACAGUUUUUUCUUUUGUCUAAAAUAAGUUUUAAAAAAUUUAAAAACCAAAUUAUACUGAUUCACUUUUAACUCCUUUCUAUGUAACUAUGAACUGAAGAUAAUAACAUUUUGUAAUGAGAGUAAGUGAAUGAAAAUCUCCACCUUUUUACAUAUUUAGAUAUACACAUAUGCAGCUCAACAUACCAAACUCCAUGGCAUAAACCAAAGAUUUAAGGCGUGUGAUUUGAUAGGAUUUCCACGGGAAACUACAGGUUGUUUUUGUCUUUGCUGUGACAACAAAUUGCACUUUAUAAUUUUAUUACUUUGUCACAGACAGAAUCAAAAUGAAUGUUUUUAAGUAGAAAGUGAUUUUAAGUCGCAGGAGUCGAUACACAUGCAAUACUUAAAGCCUCAUUUUUAGUUAGGUAGAAUACAAUGUUUGUCUUUAUCUCACCAAAAAACAUUAGAAACAGUAAAGAACAAUAAAAACAAACAACAUAUUCAAAUAUAGGUUCUUAUUAGUGAAUAUUAUUAAUAUUUUUUUCUAAACUUGUCAGACAGUGAGUUAAGAGUUUUUAGAUUUAUGUUUAAUAAAAUGACAGUGUUCAGUCAUUACCACUGUCCCCUGCACUUUACUUCAUGUUAUGGCCAGAAAACUGAUGUUAGUUUAAAUAAAAACACUCAAAAUCAGGCCCAAGUGAUGGGCGGGGCAUAUCCACAGUGAUGGGCGGGGCGGGGCUGAUCCCCUGCCACUCAUACAGUAUCAAUAACUUUGAUUUCCGCUUCCAAAGUCGGCUGCAUCGGCUGUUUGUGUGACGCCUUAAACAUCAUUUUACGCUCAAAGAACUUUUUCUGCUCCUUCAUGCUGAAGGCAGACGCCUGCCUACAUCCUAACUACAGGACUUUGCUGUGAGUGGUUUUUCUUAGAGAAUGUUAAUGGAUGAUUUGUAUCAAUAAAGUUUUAUGUUA